AUGAGAAGAGCCUCCUGAGCAGCCAUGGAGGGGUUACAGCUGCGGCAGGCACCCUGCAGCCGGAGCUUCCUCAAGCUCACUGCCAUGGAGCUGAAGUGGAUCCAUGUCUUGGUCGUGUUCCUCCUCCUGCUGUCUGUGGCCAUGACCGGCUGCUUCCUGUGGCAGUACAGCCUCCCCAAGGUGGAGCCCAAUCCAUCCGUGAUGGAGGUGAGGUCAGAAGCUGUGCAGAUGUGUCCCCGCUACCCUGAGCCAGUGCCACUGGACCACCCCCUCCCCAUCCUGAAGGAAGCACUGGAGAAGGUGGACCAGAUGCUGCGGCAGAAGAUGCACAGCUCGGGGCUCCCGGCCAUGUCGGCCAUCGCCAUCUACAACGACACCGUGCUCUGGACGGGCAACUUUGGCAAGAGGAACGCCUCCGACCCUGCCUCGGGGGCACCCAACGAGUACACCAUCUACAGAAUUGCCAGUGUCUCCAAGAUCUUCCCCACCAUUAUGUUGUACAAGAUGUGGGAGGAAGGAAAAGUCACAUCCCUUGAUGACCCCUUGGAGCGUUAUGCCCAGAACUUUGUUAUCAAGAACCCUCUGGGGAGGCUCAAGGACUCAGAGCAGAGAUACACAGCAGAUGGCCUGGUGUUUCUGGAAAAAGGCUCGGUGCCCCUGAAGCCAUCUCUGGUCACCCUGCGCAGAAUGGCCAGCCAGCUCUCAGGUCUGCCCCGGAGGCUGCGAUCCACCAGCCUGCUCUGGAAGGGCAGCACUCAGGACGCCCUCGCGCUGCUCAAAGACGACGUCCUGGUGGCUGACCCAGGAACCAGAUGCCACUACAGCAACCUGGCCUUCUCCCUGAUGGCUCACGUGCUGGCUGAGCACGCGGCCGAAGGGCAGUACCAGCGCUGGAUCUCGGAGAACAUCCUGGAGCGCCUGGGCAUGGAGGACACAGGGUUUGACAUCACGGCGCCCGUCCGCUCCCAGAUGGCCGUGGGCUUCUACGGCAGCCAGCAGCCAGCCCCGCUCUACGACCUGGGCUGGUACCGGCCCUCUGGCCAGAUGUACUCCACAGCUGCCGACCUGGCCAAGCUGGCCAUGGUCUUCCUGGGCACCUACCACCGCCGGCUGCUCGAGCCCGACACGGUGAAGACGAUGCUGACACCGCUGCUCAAGUGCUCCGUGGAAUACUUUGCUAACAAGACAGGCACGCCCUGGGAGAUUAACGAGCAGCUGGGAUAUGAUGUCAUCAGGAAGGAUGGGGACCUCGAUGGUUACUCAGCAACCUUCUCUCUCAUCCCCAAGCUCCGCCUGAGCUUCAUUGUGCUGAUGGCAGGGCCCAGACCUCAGGGUGGGGACAUUGUGACUCAGACAUACGAGUAUCUCAUCCCUGCCAUGGAAACAGCAUUCAGAGAGGCUGACAAAAGCUUGGUUCCUCCUCCAAACCCAAUCCCCUAUGUUGGCUACUACACCUAUUCCAACCUGACUUUCUAUGAGAUCAAGGUUGGAAUUGGUGGGGUGCUCCUCAUGCAGCAGUUUGGGCCUCACGUGGAAGAGCUGAUCCCUGAAAAGUAUCGGACAAUCAAGCUCCACCACUUGGAAGAUCGUGUUUUCCAAGUCGUUUUUGACAAGGAGUUCCCAUGUGUUCUGCACCUGGGCUCUGCCUCCAUCUCACUGGAGACACAGAAUGGGCAGCUCUUUAACUUCUACCCCUUCGACCGCAAGGGUUUGUCCCCUGGCUUUGACGCCCCGGGGCUGAACACCUACAACGUGGUGCGUGUGCUGCGCAAGCCCGUGUUCUACAGCUAAACACUCCCUCCACUCCUGGGAGCUGGCUCCAAAUCUGUGUCUUACCAGACUCUCCUGCCUCUGUGGCAUUGUGGAUGCCAUUCAAACGGGAAGAAUGGAGGCAAAUGACUCUUUUGCCAAACAAAUCCUUCCCACUUUUAAGACUACUUUAAUGACUUGUCAUUGGCCCAAGCA